AUGUUAUCAUGUCUCGCCCGACCGCGUCUGGGGCGUGUGACCACCUCCAUCGCGCGGGCACAUACCAAACGUUCCGUCUCAAUGAAGAACCUUUCUUCAAAUUCCAAAAUUUACAUUGCGACUGCCGGUUUGAUCAGCAUGCCCGGCCUGUGGUGGUUGACCGCUACGAGGGAUGACGUGCCCCGCUUCGAGGGUCCACUAGCGGAGCACUUGGCCCCUGAGCCAGGUCCCUCUAAAGAGGAUGUCACACAUAUCUUAUCGAAACAAGCAUACUCCUUCCAGGUCAAAAAUGUUGCAGGCGUCAACAGAUACGAUGGUGCUCAAUUAGCGUCCAAUAGCCCGUGUGAGGACCGGUUUAUUCAUGGCAAAUUUUCCUCGCCCUGGAAUGAGAAUGGUCAAUGGAUGUCCUGGGCCGUUUUUGAUGGACAUUCAGGCUGGCAGACAGCGGAUCUGUUGACGAAACAGCUCCUGCCUUUUGUGCGACGCAGAUUGAUUGAAGCUAAACCACCCCCAAAUGACGAACCAGUGCCAGAUGAGUGGGUCCAGAGCGCUAUCAUGAAAGGAUUCGUGGACCUUGACGACUCCAUUAUCCAGACUGCCCCAGACACAUCUAAGAGCGAACAAUCCUUCCAAGACAAGGUGAAGAAACUGGCUCCGGCUUUUGCUGGCUCAUGCGCUUUGUUAUCUCUAUACGAUCCCAUCACAAGCACGCUGCAUGUUGCGUGUACUGGUGACUCAAGAGCGGUGCUGGGACAAAAAGGAUCGGACGGAAAGUGGGAAGCAAUUCCAUUGUCAGUAGAUCAGACUGGCAGUAACGAAGAGGAGACCGCCCGCAUUUCCAAGGAGCACCCUGGCGAGGAAAACAUAGCCAAAGGUGGACGGGUGCUUGGACUCAUGGUCUCACGAGCAUUUGGCGACAGUCUGUGGAAGUGGCCUCUGGAUUUCCAGAAGAAAAUGAAGCGGAAUUUCAAUGGUCCAGCACCCCUAACGCCCCGGUACGAUGUUCGCACACCCCCAUACUUGACUGCCGAGCCGGUCGUGACAAGUACUAAGAUCGAUCCUAACAAACCCUCGUUCUUAAUUAUGGCGACGGAUGGGCUAUGGGAUUAUCUGUCCAGUGAGCAGGGUGUCGAGUUGGUAGGGAAGUGGUUGGAACCACAAGGGACCGAGAAGAAGAAGAACAAACUCGAGCCAAAAGAUGGAGAAUUUGACUUUGGCAGAUUCUGGAAAGAUGUGAACUGGAAGUUUGAGGAAGAGAGAACAACAACACAAGAUGAUAAUGCUGCAGUACAUCUGAUGCGCAACUCGCUUGGUGGAAAUUACCACGAGUUGAUAGCAGGUCGGCUUGCGUUUGGCCCUCCAUUCUCUCGACGCAUACGGGACGAUAUCACUGUGCAGGUUGUUUUCUUUAAUACCAAGAAGUGA